CGACAACAUUUCCAUCGAGCACCGACGAAACCCGAUGGCCACAACCGCGACGAGGCCAUGGACUCGCGUGCCCAAGCUCAUCGUGUUCGACUUGGACUUUACCUUGUGGUAUCCUGAAAUGUACGAGCUGGCUGGCGCCCCGUUCCGCCGUAGCGCCAAGGGUGUGGUGACCGCUCGCGACGGCGAGGAGGUGCAUUUGUUCGACGCGGUACAUCCUGUGCUCCAAGAGAUUGCGUUUGGCACUGAGUUUGCAGAAACGUGUGUGGCGGUCGCAUCUCGUACUACGUAUCCUGAAUGGGCUUGUGAGUGCAUGGAUUUGAUCUUGGUCCAGUUCAAGGCGUUGUCCACGUCAGAGAAGACGAUGCAGCGUCGAAAAGGUCUAAAUUCCAAAUGCGAAACCCUGGCCAACCUCGUGCAGUACCAAGCCAUUUACCCGACCAACAAGCGCGUGCACUUCAAGCAACUGGCCGAUGACAGCGGCGUUGCUUUCAGCGACAUGCUCUUCUUCGACAACGAGUACAGCAACAUUCGAGAUAUCUCUGCCAUCGGAGUUACGUCCAUCUACUGUCCUGACGGCCUCACGUGGGACGUGUGGGAGCAAGGCAUGGCGGCAUUUCAAUGCAAGUAGCAAGUUGCAUUGGUCAUGAACCUGCCCAGCUUACACCUCUAUUAAGUAUGAGCAACAUGAGCAUCGGAAAUGCAGCGUAUGGAGUACUUUGCGACCGUGUAUUCCUCAAACUGGAUCAAUUCGGCCUGCGACAGCGUACAUAUUGUUGCUGGCCAAGUGUUCCUUCCAUUGGGGGGAUUCGGGCCCUCGUUCGCCGAGGUAGUCCAAGGAAUCUGCCCAUUUCGUUCACAGGCCUGUGGUAGUGACUUGUCCAUGCCAACCGAUAUGAAACGAGCGGCGGUACGUACCGAAUCGGUUUGCCACUCGCCAAGAAAUCUUUGAAGGUACUCUGCAAAGUACAGGAUGGACCCCAACUUUGUUUUAUUGAGUUCGAUUGGCUUGGGCCUCCAUUUGCUGUCGCAAGUAAAUCUCCUGCAACGACGGACGGUGGACCACCGAUUGGCCACGGACUUGCUCAAGAGAUAAUUGAAUGCGCAUCAAGUCAUUCUUGAGGUCACGAUGUUGGGAUUCGACGUCACGAAAUACCCGAUCGACGCGCCGUUCCAUCUUGCAACGCGGGUCACGUCUCGACAUGACACAGUACCCUAGCGCACCCGCGGCAAUUGUCCAAAACCACGCGGAGCGCGGCGAAUCGCGCUUUGAAUAGUAAUAGUGAUUGUGGUACGCGGGACCGGCAGGUGGAGGAAUAGGCGAUGUGGUGGUGGAGAACGGGCUGCAACGAGGGUGCGGGGCCUUCAUGCGCAUGGCCUUGAUGGCCCCCAUGAUAGGGCGAAGUGCACGUUGCAUAUAGAUACGAGGUUGUUUGCAACGAAAGAUCGCUCUGGAUCGCCCAACGCACUCUUGAACGCGGCUGCGAUCAAG